AUGAUGUCGCCAGCCUCCGCCCUCGCGGCCGCGGAGAACGCCGUUUGCUACUUCGACGAUGAUCGUCAGUACGAGACGGCUUCCGAGCACUCAGGAGACGACGAACCUAGGUUACCCUUCAGCGCGAGGCUCGCCGCCGCAACCACCGACGCAAUCGCCAAUGACAUGAACGGUGGUGACCGUGCAGCGCCCUGCCUGGUGACCGAUCUCGGCCGCAUCGCCGGCGCAAGGUGGAGCGAGAUGGACGCAGAGGCAAAGGCUCCGCGGGAGGCGGAGGCGAGGGAGCACAAGGAGCGGGCAGGCGCGAGGGCAGCCGCAGGGACGCAAGCGACCGGCAGCGGAUGA